AUGCCCCAAGGGUACGUCGUCCAUGAGGAGUCGGAUGAUGAGGAGCAGGAGGAGGAGGAGGAGGAGGAGGAGGAGGAGGAGGAGGAGGAGGAGGAGGAGGAGGAGGAGGAGGAGGAGGAGGAUGAGGAGGAGGAGGAGGAGGAGGAAGAGGGGGGCGCAGUGCUUCUGGAGUGGAUAAAUAAAAGGUGUCAGAGGGAUGUGGGGGGCUAG